UUGCCGAAUCCCUUUGCUGACGGAAACGCCCUCAUCGUAGGCUUCAUGUUGUUCCGGCAGCAUCAUCAACGGGAGGUGGCAAAGGCACACAAGGGCCUUUCCAACCCUGACAUCUCCAAGAUCAUCGGAGCCAUGUGGAGAGACGCAUCGGACGAUGUGCGUGAGAAAUGGACGCUACGGGCUGAAGAGGAGAAGGAAAGCCACGGGGCCAAAUAUCCAGGCUAUCGGUAUAAGCCGAACCGCAGAUCCAAG